AUGUCGCUGGGCCUAGAGUCAAACCAAAGCUACGUCGACCCCAAUGCCCGCGCGCAAGGUCAGGUCGUCGAGAGCGGAGGCGCAAGCUGUGAUGACUCCAUCAGGAGUGAGUCGGAGAAGGACGAGAUUGAGGAAGUGCACCGUUAUGCGACGUGCUCGGACGCAGAGCGCGUGGCACAGCCGCCCCGGGCCGGCUCCAACGAGGCUAGCUUCGGCGACGCUUCGGCCCUGGCCUAA